AUGGCUCUCCAAGUGCAACAACGACGUGCAGCUACCGGAUGUGCUCUUGUCCACGAGGAAAUUCGAGCCGCACCAGCGACGGGAUCUAGCGCCGCAGUAUCAGCCACUUUCGAACAUCCGUUGGAACGCUACGGCUCCGUUUCCGCCGUUGACCGUCUUCAGCUACACCGGUACCGUGUACUGUUCACCAUGGCGCUCGAGUCGCGCCAGAAAGCAUUCCUGACUAUGGAAGAUGCCAAGACCAUUUUCAACAUCGUUUGCUGCUUCUUCGGCAUCGGUACACUGUCGAUGCCGUCCAACUUCGCCCGUGCCGGACCCGUGUACGGCACCAUUGCGAUGGCGUUGAUGGCCUUUUCGAAUAUAUAUUCAACCAUCGCUCUGUCCAGAGUGAUGCUAGUGGCGCCCAAGUCGGUCAAGACGUUCACAGACGUGGGUGACUGGGUGUUCGGCAAGACCGGACGCUACCUCGUAAUCGUGUCCCAGCUUCUCGUGUGCUUGCUGUUACCAUGUGCCUUCCUGGUUCUUGGAAGUACGCUCCUAGACGUGCUGUUCCCGGACUCGUUUAGCCAGAUCUUCUGGAUUGUUUUCAUGGGCCAUCACUGUAGUGCCGUCGUGCUUGAUUCCGACCCUGAAGGAGGCGGCGUCUGAGGUGUUCGUCGGUUGACUCGUCUCUCUCAUCGCUGACAUUAACGUCGUGAGUAACCUCGAGUGGGAUAUGCACGUCCACCCGUCCAUACCGACGCCGG